GCCGAUCCUACACCAACGGCACCGGACCAUCCAAAGCCCAAGCUUUUCUCUUUCUCUCUCUCUCUUUCUCUCCGAUCUUACCUUCAUUUUCCUCUCUUUCACCGACUAUCAAACACCCCCUUCGCCGGAGACACCGCCGUAUCCUCCGUACGCCGGUGCCUCCGUUGCCUCAUUUCAGCCGGUGUUGAAGUUUACCUGCCCAAUCUCUGUCUUCUCAUCGCGAUCGAUUGGAAGAUAUAAUACGUCACACACCAAUGAAACGAAGCUUCCGCUUCUCUCUUCCCGUUACCAUCGUGAUCAUGUCCAUCGCCUACAUUUAUGUAUCGACUGUAUUCGUCUUCAUCAAGCAAUGGUUCGGGUUAUCUUCUUCCCCUGGGAUUAUGAACGUUGUCUCUUUUACCGCCUUGGCUCUUUUAUGCAUCUACAGUUAUACUAUUGCCCUAUUUACGGAUCCCGGUCGUGUACCCUCAACGUUCAUGCCUGAUGUCGAGGAUAUAGGUAGCCCCGUUCACGAGAUUAAGCGUAAGGGAGGAGACUUGAGGUAUUGCCAGAAAUGUUCCCACUAUAAGCCUCCACGUGCACAUCAUUGUCGCGUAUGUAAAAGAUGUGUAUUGCGAAUGGAUCACCAUUGCAUUUGGAUGAACAACUGUGUUGGCCAUGCGAACUACAAAAUAUUUUUUGUCUUCGUUUUGUAUGCUAUGUCUGCAAGUGUCUACUCCCUGGUUCUUCUUGUGGGCAGUUUAUUGAAUGACACUGAAAAGGAUGACGAACAGAAGGAAGGUUCUUUCAGAACCAUAUAUGUUGUUUCUUCCCUUUUGCUAAUCCCACUGACCAUAGCUUUGGGCACCCUGUUGAGUUGGCAUAUCUACCUCACCUUAAGAAACAAGACUACUAUAGAGUAUCAUGAAGGAGUUAGGGCUAUGUGGCUUGCAGAAAAAGGAGGAGAUGUCUAUUCACAUCCAUAUGAUCUUGGGUCAUUUGAGAAUUUGAUAUCCGUGCUGGGUUCAAAUAUCUUGUGCUGGGUAUGUCCAACUACAGGCCAUGUUGGUUCAGGUCUUCGCUACCGGACUGCAUACGAUCAAUCUGCUGGCCUUCAACAUUAAAGUGAGGUUCUUGUUGUUUCAUAGGCUGAUAGCAUGUCUAGCUACUAAAGAUUGAUGUUCUCUAUCUGCUGCCGGAACAUUGUAAUUGGUUUUGCAAGUAGUGGAAGAAGAUAAAGAAAGAAUGUAGGUUAUGGGUGCAGAAACAGUAGAAGAAGAACUUUUGGGGAUUUAUGAAGCCGGGCAAGGGAAGGAUGCUUGUUUGGUUCCACGAUUACUCCGAAAAAUUGUCCAUUAAUAGAGUCAUGUAUACAUACUGGUAGCCUAGCCAAGGCCAUUCAGUUUUAAAAUUGCAAUAGGAUUAGGGUUAAGUCUUUGGGAUAUAACAUGUAUAUUUUUUCUUAGGCAAAAUAAUCAAAAUCAUUUCAUUUGAUGAUGCUUCCAAAGAGGAAAGAAAAUAUGAAUGAUCAUCCCCACAUUUUACAGGUUGCGAGUAAAUCAUGUACUAGAACUAACUGUUGUAACUUCCAUUCAUUUUUUUUUUGUGUCAAUACAUUUUUUUUUGGUGUAUCUCAUCUUCUUCUAAUA